AUGCGAAUUUUGGUAACAGGAGGGGCUGGGUUUUUGGGGUCACAUUUAUGCGACUCGUUGGUAGAGCAGGGACACGAUGUGAUAUGCCUAGAUAACUAUUUCACCGGCUCAAAAGCGAAUAUCAUUCAUCUGCUCGGGAAACCCAAUUUUGAACUGAUGCGUUGGGAUGUGAUCGACCCUUUCAAAGUCGAGGUGGAUCAAAUCUAUAAUUUGGCUUGUCCGGCUUCACCCGUUCACUAUCAAUACAACCCGAUCAAAACGAUAAAGACCUCGGUGAUGGGGGCGAUCAAUGUGCUCGGGCUUGCAAAGCGAACCGGCGCACGCGUUUUUCAGGCAUCGACAUCGGAGGUUUAUGGUGAUCCGACGGAAGGCCAUCACCCUCAGCAGGAAUCUUAUUGGGGCAAUGUAAACCCGGUGGGAAUUCGAUCCUGUUACGAUGAGGGCAAACGCUGUGCAGAGACACUGUUUUUCGAUUAUCACCGCAAAAAUGAAGUCGAUAUCCGGGUGGUUCGAAUUUUUAACACCUACGGGCCGAGGAUGGACCCUGCGGAUGGUCGGGUUGUUUCAAACUUCAUCUGUCAGGCUUUGCGAGGUGAUCCGAUCACAAUCUAUGGGGAUGGGAAACAGACUCGCUCGUUUUGUUAUGCGAGUGAUUUGAUCGCCGGAUUUGAAUUGAUGAUGGCCAAAGAGGAUUUCACAGGACCGGUCAAUAUGGGGAAUCCAACUGAGUUUACGAUGUUAGAACUCGCUGAGAACGUUCUCAAAAUCAUCCAAAGUAAAUCCAAGAUCGUUCAUGAACCGCUUCCACUGGACGAUCCCAAACAACGGCGACCCGAUAUUUCUCUGGCCAGCAAAGAGUUGAACUGGAAACCUACCAUUUCUCUCGAGGAAGGGUUGAAAAAGACGAUCCCAUACUUUGAAAACUUGUUAGGUUCGUAG